GCCAUUUCAAGCACUCACCACUCACUUGCAAACCUUUACGAUUUCCCCCUACAACAUGGGAUCGAGAGUGGAAAUUCUCAAUGAUGGCGGCUUUCGUUCAGACGGUCGCCGGCAGUACGAAUUGCGCGACAUGACCAUCGACCUUUCGCAGCAAGGCGUCGCAGAUGGCUCUGCGGUCAUCACGCACGGUCUGACGCAAGUUCAAGUCUCUGUGUUCGGUCCUCGUGAGGCGAAGAUGCGAUCUCAAACUAUGCAUGACCGCGCAAACCUCAAUGUGGAAGUCAGUGUGGCAGCUUUCAGCACGGGGGAACGAAGAAAACGUUCGCGGGGCGAUAAACGUAUCCUGGAGAUCGCCUCCACGAUAAAAUCCACAUUUGAACCAGUUGUGCAAGCAAUCCUCUAUCCAAGAUCUCAAAUCGAUAUUUUCGUCCAAGUUCUUCAACAAGAUGGUGGCUUGUUGCAAGCAUGUAUAAACGCGACGACGCUCGCACUGACCAAUGCCGGAAUACCUCUGAUUGACUUUGUCUGUGCUGUCACUGGCGGUGUCCAUGGAAUCUCUCCGCUGUUGGACCUCACGCUACUGGAAGAAAAUGACAUCCCUCACGCGACGGUCGCCGUGCUGCCCAAGUCAGGCAAGGUGACCUUGGUGACAAUGGAAACUCGAUUGCACGUUGAGCGAUUCGAGGAGAUUUUUCGGUUGGCUGGCGAGGCAAGCAACGUGAUACAUGCUGAAUUCAAGCGUGCAGUCAGGGAGAGGACUGCACAGCUUGUGAAAUCUAUGGGACUGGUCCAGAGAAAUGGUGUUGCCGAGGACGCGAUGGAAUAUUAAUUGAAAAGAUACCAGGUUUCACCCUUCGACAUAUUCUGUGAAGACCGGUUGAUGCGUGGACGGUGAGUUCCCCACGCAACAUGCUUUGCUGGAAAGCAAGGAGCGGCAGUUGACUCAGGCUGUAGAUAGUCACUUGAGAUGUCACGAUCACAUGAUUACAAGUUUUGACUCAAAACCUCAUCAUGUCCCUUCCAGCCUUCCCACCUUCUGGCAAAUACCUCGAGAGUAUAACUGCAUCCUGUAAAGCUCUCCGUGAGAGUCAGGGUCUUUCUAUCACGGAGGCAUCGAUCAAGCAGUUGUUGCUAUCUCCUGCCUUCACGGGCUCAUUCGAACGUGUGUCGCAGAGACAUGGCCUCGCUAUGCCCUUGAAUUUUCCCAACCCCGGAUCCCAGUUGAAUCUUCUCAGCAUCCUUGCGCUUCUGAAUUUUGCGUCUGGUUAUCGAGCACCCCUGCAUGCCGAAACGGGAUAUGGAGCCUGGAACUGCAUGAAAGCGUUUGCUCUGAGUUUAUUUAUCGUCUCCUCUGUCGACGAGGAUCUGCUGUCUGCUCGAGGGAUGAAAGACCUGAAGGAAACCAAGGUUGCGGAGUUGAUGAGGAUCAACGUUCACGUCGAAAGGCCACAUGAAACCCUCCAGCAUGUCACUGUUGGAGAGUUGGGCGGCCCGUUGUAUGAGCUAGUGCAACUGGUAACCCAAGUCUUGAACGAAACUGGCCAGAUCCUGGUCGAUUCUGGUUACGUCGAUUUGGGAAUGUUCGUUGUGGAGGCUCUCAAAGAAGGAAAGCGAGCAAUUACUGUUGAUAAUCCCUCCGGUGAUAUCGAGGUCGUUUUGGAAAAGCUUGUUCGAGCAUUCCCAGCCUUUCGAGACAUGGCUGUUGUAAGAGGGCACCCUGUGUUCUGUUUCAAGAAGGCAUUGUUUCUUAUCCACUCCAUCUCGCUUCGAUUUGGAUCUUUGAACCCACCGCCAUUCCAUGUUCCAUCGACAUCUCGUUUGCCCAUCUUCACCGACAAUGUGAUCCCUUCCAUGCUCAUCCAUUUGGGUGUGAUAGAUAUCUCGCAAUCUCCCGAACUUUCAUCCGCGUUUCCAGAUGCUGGAAACGAGGCACAAUCCCUGCUUGCAACAGCCGGCCCUGGCGAUGAUGGCGGACAAGGCCUGCCGAAGGAUGGUCCGGUACUUACAACCGAGCAAGCCUACAUCUUGCGAGCAGCAGCUGUCGAUGCGUGUGAGAUGAUAUCGCGAGUGGCUCAGUCUCUGGACCAUCCCAAAUGGAUGAAAGAGGUGGACACGCCAGCUUUGGAUAUGUGGCUCUGGGCAGUGGCUAAAGAUAGGAAGGACUACAGGCAGCUAGAAAGAUUCGUCUUGCAAAAUACUGUCUUCUUUUGAGAGGCGUCGUCGUAGAACUACACGUACAUACGAUCUUCGUCGCCUCUCGUUUUUCUUGAAAUGAAUCUGAUGUGAUAUCGUCUGGGGAACUGGUUCUGUAAUCGUGAUUGAUUAUAAAGUGUUCGGAGCGUGCCGUUGGCCGUCUGCCACAACCCAAUCCUCCCUUCGAUUCUAUGGACAGUGACUCCCCCAUGGACGAGUACUUUUCGACGCCUCCUACUUCUCCCUUUCCUGAGCCAAACAUCGCGCCAUCUCUUUCCAGGAGGUCCAGCCGCCCCAUCUCACUUCAUCUCGGAAACUCGACUAGCACAGAAUGGAACGCGGACAUUGUUCUAGACAAGGGCUCGCCCGUCGUGAAGAAACCCAUCAACACUGAAUCCCUGGGACCCGCAGUCAUGACUCGCGACACCACUAUCACACCCACUGCUUCCGUCCCGACCGCGGCCCAACCACGCAAUCUUGAUCAUGUUUAUCAGCAACCCAUGCACUCACCAUGUUUCGUGCACUCCCAUCUCGACAAGGGUGUUUCCCUCACUGACUGGCUGCGGACCAGGCAGCGUCAUCCGGACGGACUGAGCUCGGUAGACAGCAUCCACUCUCUAUCCUCUACAGGACCCAGUCUCUCAUCGUCGAGUUCUGGAACAAGUUCAACGCUCGACUCGCCCGAGGAGGAUGAGUUUUCCGGUAGUCUCACUAAGCAGCUAGCGGACACGGCCGUCGGGGUACGGGAGAUGAGCAAGCAGCUCGGUCGCGCUCGCGUUCGUUCGAACAUUCAGAAUGUUCUGAUUAUCACCAAGGCGCGAGACAACCGACUCAUCAAACUCACUCGAGAGCUUGCGCUCUACCUGAUGCUCAAGCCUCGACAUGGGCAGACUCGGGGACUGGUUGUCUACGUCGACAAUCAGCUCCGAACUUCGAAGCGAUUCGAUGCUGAAAGCAUUGAACGCGAGCACCCAGACCUUUUUGUCCCGAUGCCUAGCCGACGAGCGAGUUCCACUUCGUUGUCCUCAAUGGUCGACAAGGAUGAAUGGCAUGGAAAAGAAAUGGGUCAGCUGAGGUAUUGGACAAGCGACAUGUGCAGUCAAAGCCCCCACUUGUUCGAUUUCGUUGUCACCCUCGGUGGCGACGGCACGGUCCUGUUCACGUCAUGGCUUUUCCAGCGCAUCGUUCCACCCGUUCUUCCGUUCGCCUUGGGCUCUCUUGGAUUCUUGACCAAUUUCGACUUUUCCGACCACCAGCCUGUCAUGGACUCUGCGCUGGACGAUGGGAUCAGGGUUAAUUUGCGCAUGCGAUUCACGUGUACAGUAUACCGCGCGAUUGUCAAAGAGAAGGGCAAAGGGCACAAGGCAGUCAAGAAGGGGUUGACUGGGGAGAUUAUGAUGAAGAAUGUCGAGCGUGGUGGGUGGGAAGCACUCGAAAGCGGGUGGUCCGGUGGUCCAGACGGUGCCAAGACUGCCAGCAAAGACAAAUCGAUCACUUGUUUUACGACCAGAGCUGUGGAAACUUUCGAGGUCCUCAACGACUUGGUCGUCGAUCGGGGACCAAGUCCUUAUGUUUCGCAGUUGGAGCUAUUUGGCGAUGAGCAUCAUAUGACCACUGUGCAAGCUGACGGCUUGACUGUGUCGACACCCACUGGAUCCACCGCCUACUCUUUGUCCGCUGGCGGAUCACUCGUUCAUCCUGAAAUCCCCGCGCUAUUGAUUACCCCCAUCUGCCCUCAUACGUUGUCUUUCCGUCCGAUGCUUCUUCCCGACAGCAUGGAACUGCGAAUAUGUGUUCCUUUCAAUUCUCGAAGCACUGCAUGGGCCUCUUUCGAUGGGCGAGGACGAGUCGAGCUCAAACAGGGUGACCACAUCAAAGUCACGGCCUCGAAAUUUCCGUUUCCGACGGUUUGUGCCGAGAACCAGUCUACAGAUUGGUUCCAUGCCAUCUCUCGGACCUUGAAAUGGAACGAAAGAGAGCGGCAGAAAUCGUUUGUUGUGGUGGAGGAAGAUGCUCCAUCCAAGAAGAAACGCUCAGACAAGCCUACGAAGCCAUCUGAAGUUGUGCCAGAAGAGGAGGAGGAGGAAGAGGAUGAUGACGAGCCAGAGGAGGAGGACAAGUUCGACAUUGACGAUUCGUCGCCGGAAGCGGCGGCUGCGAGCACUGUUAAAUCAGGGUCUGGCCAAACGGCCCAAGAAGAGGCUCUUGGAAGGGAGAAGGCUCAAGAAACUUUGGAGAGCGAGCGAUUGAAUCGGAUGGCGGCGUCUGCCCUCCAGAGAGAGCGGAGUCGCUCUGCCAAGUCGCGCUCGAGAUCGCGGACCCGUCGACCGCACGUCGAGUUCGAGCUAGACUCAUCGAAGGACAGCGGGGAUAGAGUAUCGCGAGCUCGGACAAACCCUCGCCACCCCCAUGAGCCGGACGCGGACGCCAGCAAGACCCCCACGGUUGCGAGUGUGCCGUAUAAGUCACAUGCCCAGCGGGUGUCGCAGCGAAGUCAUGGGCGGACGCGGUCAGCUGAUUCGGGUCGGCGGGCGUUUGCUGUGUGGGGUCACGACGAAAGUGACAGCAACGCGAGUGACAGUGACCCUUAA